CAUGAAUGCCAUGCUAUUAGUUUCUUUUGUUUACUGCUUUCCUUCAAGAUUCGACAGCAAAGGAGAACCUUGUUCACCACAUUACUAGAGCUUUAUUUAUGCUGAAAGACAGAUAGUUAGGAUGUCACUAGCAAUCUCACACGAAACCUCAUCUUUGAGAGAAACUCAUAUACGAUCUUUAGAAAAGCUUUUAAAUUUGAAUCAGGAUGUUGAAGAUUUAGAAAAGGAUCCAAACUACAAAUCAGAAUUCCCAAUCUGGAAAGUUCUGAUCUUUGAUAAGUCUGGUUCAGAAACUAUAUCUUCUGUACUGCGCAUUAGUGACUUGAGAAAACAUGGUGUCACUGUCCAUAUGAAUAUCACUUCUUCCCGUCAACCUAUAGCUGACGUUCCUGCGAUUUAUUUUGUUCAGCCUACUGAGGAAAAUGUCGAGUAUAUUAUUGAUGACCUCUCUAAAGGUUUAUAUGAAUCUGCUUAUGUUUGUUUCUCUUCCAGCAUUCCACGCAGUCUUUUGGAAAAAUUCGCGGAGCUUGCUUCCAAAACCAAUACAAGCCACAUGAUAAACCAGGUUUACGAUCAGUACUUGAAUUACGUAGUUUUAGAGUCUGACUUUUUUUCGCUUCAGCUUCCAAGAGUCUUCCAUACUAUUCACAGCCCUUCCUCGGACGAUGUAUUGAUUGAACAUACAAUUCAAAGCACAGUUAACCGCCUGUUUUCCGUCAUUGUUACUCUUGGAACUAUUCCCAUUAUUCGUUGCCCUCAAGGAUCUGCUGCUGAGUUGGUAGCUAAAAAGUUGAACCAACGUUUGAAGGAUCAUUUGAUGAAUACUAAAGAUGUUUUUGGCUCUUUAAAUCCUAAAGUACGUCCUCUACUCAUCCUCUUGGAUCGAACAGUCGACCUUGUUCCCAUGAUUAAUCACUCUUGGACCUAUCAAGCAUUGAUUCAUGACACUCUUAACAUGCAACUUAACAGAGUAACCAUUGAAUCUGCCGAUGAAGGAAAGGUCUCUAAACAAUCUUAUGACUUAAACGGAAGCGAUUAUUUUUGGGAAGCGAAUGCCAAUAAACCAUUUCCAGAAGUGGCUGAGAACAUUGACGAAGAAUUAACUCGCUAUAAAAAUGAUGCAAAUGAAAUUACAAAGCGUUCUGGCGUUUCGUCUUUAGAGGAAUUUAAUGCCGAUGCUUUUACGGAUUCCGCUUAUUUAAAGACUGCAGUUAGCCUUCUUCCAGAACUCACAGCCCGUAAACAGCUUUUAGAUAUGCACAUGAGUAUUGCAACUGCAAUUUUGAAAGCCAUUCAAGAACGUCACCUCGAUGAUUUUUUCCAGAUGGAAGAUAACGUUACAGGACUUAACAAAACCGCAAUCCUUGCUUGUAUAAAUGAUAAAAGCAAAGGUACACCGGAGGACAAGCUUCGUUUUUUCAUCAUUUGGUACUUAAGCGUUGACGCCGUCCCUAGCACUGACUUGCAAGCAUAUGAAGAGGCAUUGCUUAAUAUCGGCUGUACUUUGGAGGCUCUUAAUUUUGUCAAAAGAGUUCGUGAAAUUACUAAAAUGACCAUGUUGGCUUCUUCCACGGCGCGCCCCGCUGCUAAUCAAUCAGGAGAUAAUAUUUUCCGUGGUUUUUCAAGUCUUUCUAGUAAAUUUACCGAUCGAUUCAAAGAGGCUGGAAUCGGUGGUUUAGAAAACAUCAUCUCUGGUGUGAGGAAUUUAAUCCCUUUUAGAAAAGAUGGGACAAUUACCUCUAUCGUUCAAAGCUUGAUGGAUCCUGGAUCUUCUUCGGUAUCAAAGCAAACAGAGUCAUAUCUUGUAUUCGACCCCAAAGCUUCUCAAGCUUCUAGUGAUCUCAGGGGCAUAAAUAAACGCCAAAUAUUCAAUGAGGCCAUUGUAUGUGUCUUGGGUGGUGGUAAUUACUUAGAAUACGGAAAUUUGAUGGACUGGGCAAAAGAACAAAACCCACCUAAGCAUAUAACCUAUGGCAGCACCGACGUUCAGUCGCCUAGUCAGUUUAUGAACGAGAUGGCAUCUCUAUCAUGAUUUUAAAAGUAGCAUAUAAUAACCCUUUAGAAAUGAUUAUUGAUAUACUUUAUGAA